CUUUCCCUGCGGCCAGUCCUCGGCGUGCCCCCCACCCCGUGGCCUGUGCUCCACCUCCAGCCCCCUGCCCGCGGGGGUACUUUGGCCUUAGAGGGAAGAAAGCUCCAGAACUGGGAGAGCCGGGCCGACAGGCUGGGCUCCUCCCUGCGGCACCAACAGCGCGGACAGCCGGAGUCCACUGGCCGGCGCAAAGUAGGUUGCAGGGAGUGAACCCCACCUUCGAGUCCUCUCUUCCUCAAGCAUGGCACUGACAGUGGAUGUGCUGGGGCCAGCACCCUGGGGCUUCCGCAUCACCGGGGGCAGGGAUUUCCACACGCCCAUCAGGGUGACCAAGGUAACUGAACGGGGCAAGGCAGAGGCCGCUGACCUCCGGCCUGGUGACAUCAUCUUGGCCAUUAAUGGGGAGAGUGCAGAGGGCAUGCUUCAUGCUGAGGCGCAGAGCAAGAUCCGUCAGAGUGCCUCACCCCUGAGACUACAGCUGGACAGGUCUGGGGCCGCCUCUCCUGGGCAGACCAACGGGGAGGGUUCCUUGGAAGUGCUGGCAACUCGCUUCCAGGGGUCUCUGAGGACACACCUUGACAGCCAGUCCUCCCUGAGGUCUGCCUACUCCAGCCCAGCCUCCCUCAGCCCCCGGCCAGGCAGCCCCUUCUCCACCCCGCCUCCCGCCAGCCCGCUGGCCCCGGCUGGAGAGGUAGUGACUGCCCACAGUUUCCAGAGUCUGACGCACUCACCGGGCCUUGCUGCUGCUGACCGACUCUCCUACGGGGGCCGCCCCGCAGGCCGACAGGCUGGUCUCGGCCGUGCUGGCGACUCGGCUGUGCGGGUGCUGCCGCCUUCUCCGGACCCCCGGUCCUCAAGCCCCAGGUUCAGUGUGGACUCGGAGGCAGGGAGCUGCCUCCUGGAAGAGGACUCAGAAGUGUUCAAGAUGCUGCAGGAAAACCGUGAAUCGCGGGUGGCCCCGAGGCAGUCCAGCUCCUUUAGGCUCCUGCAGGAAGCUCUGGAGGCUGAGGAGAGAGGUGGGACGCCUGCCUUCCUGCCCAGCUCCCUGAGCCCUCAGACAUCCCUGUCCCCCUCCCGGGCUCUGGCCACCCCACCCAAGCUCCACACCUGUGAGAAGUGCAGCACCAGCAUUGCGAACCAGGCAGUGCGCAUCCAGGAGGGGCGCUAUCGCCACCCCAGCUGCUACACCUGCGCAGACUGUGGGCUGAACUUGAAGAUGCGAGGCCACUUCUGGGUGGGCGACGAGCUGUACUGUGAGAAGCAUGCCCGCCAGCGCUACGCGGCGCCCACCACCCUGAGCUCUCGGGCCUGAACCCUGCGGUGCUUAGCCCAGCUCCACUUAUUACAUUUCUGGACAUGGCUGUGCCCAGAGCAAGUUGGCAGGGAUGAGGUGAUGGUGGGUGGUGGCUUUUAAAUGAACUAAUUUGGGGGGCCCAAGCCCCCUUUGUCCUCGCUGGGUGAGGUCAAGGGCUGGGACUCGAUUCGGACUAUGGGCACUAAGGGCAGCCCCACCCUCCCUGGCCUUCCCCCUGCAGGACGGGUCCUGUGCCACCGGCUGAAGCGGCCACUGCGUUUGAUGCAUUUGUGCACAGGGUGGGGCACAGUGUCUAGGACAGGGGUGGGUCAGAGGCUGACGGUAUUCACUGUGCAGAGUUUUGACAUAUGAGCUCUAUAAAUAUAUAAACACGGACAAACGCA